AUUUGUUUCUCGCAGGUUGCAGCUAUAGGCGCUUCUUCUACGUUGCGGCGCCUUUUGCGGUUUCUGUGGUGGUAUUUCUUCCUGUAUCUAACGUUUACGUGGUGGUAUCCUCCUCUUUUUUUCUACAACUAGCGAAAAAGUCGCAGUCGCAGCUUCCGAUUAAUUGCUCACUUCGCUCCGUAUGUUGCAGGAUGUCUCAACGGGUGCUCAUCGGAGGUGAAGAGACGGAGAUCUUCCAGGCCUUGGAUGGUGAUGGAUUUCCCAUCAUUGAAAACGGCCUCCCGCUCUACAUCACCGCAGACGGCGUGGCAGUUCGUGUAGUGAGUGAGGCGACAGAAGCUGCAGUCCCGGACCCGGUCGCUCCAGCACCGGUCCCGGGUCCCUCGAAGGAGAGGGCAGAAGAGCUGUGGCCUGAGGCCAGAGUUUUAUUUCUUAUUGAGCUUUUUAAAAAAUAUCAAUCCGACAUCAGAAACCGGAAAAAAUCAAAACGGGAGGUGUGGGAGAUGUUGACUAAAGCAAUCAAUGAACGAUUUAAUUGUAAUAUGGCCUUUACUCAGAUCGAAAAUAAGUGGAGAGCUCUGGAGAAGUACAGGGCAACGAAGCAACAUAACUAUGACUGGCAGUGACCGGAAGACCUGCGACUUUGAAGAGUGAGAAAACUUUUGAAACACUUCCAUGCAUGGUAAUUUGACUUAAUUCAAAAUAAUGCUUUCGCAUGGCUGAGCGUUCAAGCUAUAUAUUCUACAUCGUUUAAAAACUGUUUUUCCGUGAUCUUUUGUAGCCACGCGCUUGGAGCCUAAAAAAGAAUUUUAAAGUGCAUCGUAAAUUAGCAAAUGGUUCAGAUUUCAUCUUAAUGCCAAUGAGUCCACUAUAUUUGUAUAGCCGUGUA